AUGUUGAUGCGCAUGUAUUUAUUCCAAAAGAAGAUCUGUUUAGAUGUUGGUGUGGAAGACCUUGCCCAGGGCAUAGUACACCCAACCAGUGCUCUGCUUGAUUCAGGCACUAACAGCAUCUUCAUUGAUCAGGUCUGGGCAGAGCAAGUUGGACUCCCCCUUGUAAAAUUAGAUAUGUCUAUUCCCAUUUAUAAUGUUGAUGGGAAGAUUAACUUAACCUUAGGCUGGACCUGGCUAUUUAAACACAAUCCUGAGAUCAACUGGCAGACAGGGGCUAUCACAUUGUCACAUUGCCCUCAGGAGUGUGAUGACUUGGGUAAGCCAAGUCACGUCUGUCAAACUGAGCUUGAUGAAAGGAUAAACACUGGUCACAUUUAUGCCAAACUCAGAUCUUUGGAUAAGAUUGACAAUGACAAUGACGAGGUGAAACCUGAGGAAGAGAUUAAGAGGCUGGUACCUCCAGAGUACCAUGACUUCUGGAAAGUCUUUUCUAAACACAAAUCAGAGCGCUUCCCAGAGGCUAAGCCUUGGGUGUUACGAUUUCUAUUGGACAUUUAA